UUUCGCCUACAUUCAAAGCUUCAAUUAUCGCGUCCUCCUUUAUUAACAUAAAAAGUUUGUGGAUCUACAAAGGGAAGUCUUUAAAGCUUUUUAUGGGCUUGAAGAUGGCUGAAGGAUAUCACGGAAUGGGGAAUAAAAGCCAUGACUACGCAUCAAAUUCCACCCAGGUUUUGGGUGCUGCAGCCCUGGUGACAUCUGGGGUAAUUGUGCUGUUUCUGGCAGGCCUAUCUGCAGUGGCUCUGGUGCUUUUGGCCCCUGUAUUGGUCCUUUUAAGCCCCAUAUUGAUUCCUGUAGGAGCCCUGAUAUUUGGAACAGUUGUUGGGCUUCUUUCUGCUGUCUGUUUUGGGCGAGCAUUAGGUUUUUGUGUUAGAUGGUUUUACAACUAUGUGAAUGGCAGGCGUCCUUCUGGUUCCGAUCAGGUAGAAUAUGCGCGUAUGAGGGUAAUUGAUACAGCAAGUCAUGCUAAGGACAAGGCGAAGCUGCGGCAUGCUGCCCCUGGAGCUUAAGGAAGAUUCUUGUUGUAUUGCACAGCCCUGGUUGCAUCUAGAUCUGUCAUUUAUCUUUUGAUGGGGGAACAUCAGAUGAUUGGAGUAUACUGGGGCAGGCGGUACGCCCAUUUCAGGAGCGGAUUGGGGUUCUUUAGUCACGAGAGCGAUUUUCGAGGCCAUGGUCUCUGAUUCCACGAUUGACACAGGCAGAUAGAGAUAUUAUUGAGAGAUGUGGGUUGUCCUCCUUGUUGGACAUGCUUCGAUAUAUCAUUAACUGGGGUUUACUGAUAACAUUGUCAGAGAGGUGGCAUAGUGACACCAACACCUUUCACUUGGCUACAGGCGAGAUCACAGUCACACCAGAGGACUAUUAUCGGAUUUUACAGAUUCUUGUGGUAGGUGCACUAUUGCCUUAUGAGCAGACCGAGGAGGGUGGGACAGAGGCGCUUCGGUGGAUUUUGCAGGAUGAUCUGAUUUGUGGGUAUGAGAUCCCUUGGCAGGGGUUCAUAGAUUUUGAUUAUGCCCCACUACCAUUAGUACUGACAGGUUUUGUAGGUGGCUUAUUGUGUCUCGACCGUAGGUCGAAGGGACUGGCAGUGGGAUGGGGGUUGGUUCUAGAGGAUAUGGUGACACAGGGUCGUCAGUUUGCAUGGGGGUCUUGUAUGUUGGCCCAUUUAUACAAAGAUUUGCAUCAGGUGGUGUACUUAGGCUACAACAUCUUAUUAGCUGGGGUCACAUUGUUACAGGUAUGGGCUUGGGAGCACAUUCCCGUAGUGAGGCCACUUGCAGACAAAGAUAGGCCAGUUGGGCGCGCCUAUGCAUAUGGAUAUACAGGGAUAGUUGUCCAAUGUAAGCUAGGCAAGCUAGAGCAUUGGAGGAGGGUGGUAGAUGAUAUUGAUACGGUUGUCUGGAGACCGUAUAUGGAGUGUGAGGUGUGGGUUGAGGAUGGGAUAGAGAUGUCCUAUGUAUAUAUGUUCUAAUUCCUGAUAGGGCAGACGUCGUUUGUGAUUGAGAGGUUCCUGCAUAGCUGAGUUCAGCGGCAGUACGGUCGACAACAGGGUAUACCACAGGGAGCAUGCUUAUAUGCUCAUCAGAGGCAGGAUGUGUCGGAGUGGGGUCCAACUAUUGAUAGUGUUGCCGUGGUGGAUGAGUACAUGCAUUUGGCUGGCCAAAUAUGGUAUUAUGCCUACGGGGUAGUAGAUGUGGGGAUGUCUGAGGAGUUUGUAGUGCUCAUCGUGGCUCAUGUUGUAGCCCGAAUAUCAGAUCUAGCAUAGAUGAUUUCUACUUUUGAUGAUGAUGAGGAUGAGUAGCCUGAGAGGCUAGGGAGACGGAGAGAGGAGGGAGAGGAGAUUGAGGAGGGAUUUUGGGAUGGUGGAGGUGAUGACGGGGGAGAUGGGAGGGGAGGUGGUCGAGGGAGGCAUGGUGAUAG